AUCACACAACAUAAAUAAGAUUCCAUUCAUCUUUCUUCCUCCAGCUUCGAAAGCAAGUACAAAGCCACGACUUCUCUUGCUAGGCUUCUCCCUACAUUGGUCUCCAAACUUUUCAUAGGAAUCAAUCUAAUCUUUUUCUGGAUCUGAAAAAAAAAAAUAACUGGAGGUUUGGGGUUGACUCCGGGAGAGAGUCGUGGUCGUGGUCGUGGAGGGCGUCUCUCUGGUAUAGUAGCUCUUUGGUGAGAUUCUUUCUUUCUGGGUUUCCUUGGGAUCGAUAGAUAGAAGAAGAUCCUUAUAUGGUUUUGGUUAGAAACACAACCAAAUGUCGUUGAAGCAUCAUCAUCACCAUAGAGGAGUAGAGCUGUCGGCGGCUUCAAAGAGUUUUGUCUCAAAGAAAUGGGCUUUCUUACUCUGCAUCGGUUUCUUCUGCGCGGGAACUCUCUUCUCCGACAGAAUGUGGCCAGAGCCUGAAGCCAAUGUUGCAUCAAGGGAAGCAGCUUCAGAUGAACGGCUGCUCUUAAUGUCAGAGGACUGUGAUUCAUCAAAAAAGACAAGCCUUGGAGAAGUGUACAAGAGUCCUGAUGCAACUCAAACGCUAGACAAAACGAUCUCAACUCUGGAAAUGGAACUAGCGGCUGCAAGAGCCGCGCAAGAAUCCAUCAUGAAUGGUUCACCAGUCUCUGAUGAGUUCAAGCUCCCUGAAACUGUUACCAAAAGAAAGUAUCUGAUGGUUGUUGGGAUCAACACUGCGUUUAACAGCAGAAAGCGCAGAGAUUCGGUUCGUGCUACUUGGAUGCCUCCCGGCGAGGAGAGAAAGAAGCUAGAGGAAGAGAAAGGGAUAGUGAUGCGUUUUGUAAUAGGCCAUAGUGCCACUCCUGGUGGUAUUCUUGAUAGAGCGAUUCAGGCUGAAGAAAGUAAACAUGGAGACUUCUUGAGGCUGGAUCACGUUGAAGGUUAUCUAGAGCUGUCAGCAAAGACUAAAUCUUACUUCAUAACGGCUUUUGAAUUGUGGGAUGCAGACUUCUACGUGAAAGUUGAUGAUGAUGUGCAUGUCAAUAUAGCAACGCUGGGAGCAGAGCUAGCAAAAUAUCGUAUGAAGCCUCGAGUAUACAUUGGUUGCAUGAAGUCUGGACCCGUUCUUGCUCAGAAAGGAGUGAGGUAUCAUGAACCUGAGUAUUGGAAGUUUGGAGAAGAGGGUAACAGGUACUUCCGCCAUGCCACUGGUCAGCUCUACGCAGUCUCCAGGGAGUUAGCGUCUUACAUAUCUAUAAACAAAAACGUACUACACAAGUAUGUGAAUGAGGAUGUUUCUUUAGGAUCAUGGUUUCUUGGAUUGGAUGUGGAGCAUGUAGAUGACCGUAGGCUUUGUUGUGGUACUACAGAUUGUGAGUGGAAGGCGCAGGCGGGGAACAUGUGUGUUGCCUCGUUUGAUUGGAGCUGCAGUGGGAUUUGUAGAUCAGCGGAUCGGAUGAAGGAUGUUCAUCGAAGGUGUGGAGAAGGUCCAAACGCUCUCAUGGCUGUAUCAUUUUGAAAGAAAGAUAACAGAAGGAACACAUUUAGAGAAGAAGAGUAUAGAGUAGACGAAUCAGCUCAACACCGUAGUAGUAAAGACACACACUCUAUAUAUGUUUAAGUCUCUUGAACUGAGAUGAGAAGGGUUCUUUUUACCCUCCUUUCUUAUUAUUAUUAUUAUUUUUUUAAAUCA